AUGCAAUAUGGGCUGAAGAGCAGUUAUAAAAUACAUACUAAAACAUUACCAACCAAAAGUGAAUAUGAUUUUAUUGUCGUUGGAUCUGGACCUGGUGGUUCACCAGUUGCAAAUCGUUUAUCAGAAAAUGGUACCUGGAAUGUUCUUCUAUUAGAAGCAGGCAAACCUGAAGGAAUUUUCAAUCAAAUACCACUUUUAGUUGAAAAUGCCCAGAUGACUGAUUACAAUUGGGGAUAUCGAGUUGAGUCAGAUGGUAAAUCAUGUCUAGGAAUGAAAGAUAUACGUUGUACUUGGCCACGAGGAAAAUCACUUGGAGGAAGUAGUACAAUUAAUAAUCUCAUACACACUCGUGGAAAUAAAUUAGAUUUCGAUGAAUGGGCUAAUUUGGGCAACUCUGGAUGGGAAUAUGAAAAUGUGCUAAAAUAUUUCAAGAAGAGCGAGAAGUUCGGUAUUCCAGAUAUAGAUGAUUCAUUUUAUCACAAUACCGAUGGCAACGUUAAUGUUGAAUAUUCUCAAUGGAGAACUCCACUAGCCAAAACAUUCUUAGACGCUGGUAAAGAACUUGGAUAUAAUAUUACAAAAGACUACAAUGGAGCUGAACAAAUGGGCUUUGGUUAUGUACAGUUAGCAACAGAUAAAGGUGCUCGUUGUAGUGCUUCAAAAGCAUAUCUUCGUGUCAAACGAUCAAACCUUGAUAUUGUGCCAAGUGCUAGGGUGCUUCGAGUUCUUAUCAACUCUCGCAAAGAAGCCUACGGUGUAGAAUAUGAAAAAGAUGGAAAAAAUUAUGAAGUACAUGCAUCCAAAGAAGUAAUUCUUUCAGCUGGAACAAUUGAUACAGCAAAACUAUUGAUACUAUCGGGAAUUGGACCAAAGGAUCACUUGGAUGAGUUGGAAAUACCACUUGUAAAAGAUGCUAAAGUUGGUUAUAAUCUACAAGAACAUGUUGCAUUUUGGGGGCUAAAUUUUAUUGUUGAUUCACCAGUGACUAUUCUUCUUAGACGAUUAUUGAAUCCUAUAGUUUAUGCUAAGUAUCUUUUUCGAAGAACAGGUCCUCUUUCAUCGCCUGGAGGGCCAGAAGCUCUUGCUUUCAUUCAAACUAAAUAUGCUCAAGACGGCAGACCAGAUAUUGAACUACUUUUUGCUUCAUUUGCGAUAAGUUCCGAUAAAGGGCUCGUAAUAAAAAAUGCUUAUGGCAUUUCUGAUAGAGUUUUUGAUGUAAUUUUUAGGCCAAACUCAGGAAAAGAUGUUGUGACAAUUUGGCCAAGCAUACAGCAUCCUCGAAGUAGAGGUCGUAUUCUAUUAAAAUCAAAAAAUCCCUACGACGAACCAAUCUUAAAAGGUAAUUUUUUCGAUGAUCCUCUUGAUCUUGAUGUCAUCGUUGAGGGUAUAAAACAUACGGUUGAACUGUUCAACACUAAAGCUUUUAAAAAACAUGGAGCCAAGAUAAACUCACUCAAAAUCCCCGGUUGUGAGCAGUAUGAAUUUGGUACAGAUGAUUAUUGGAAAUGUGGAAUUCUAUCGAUUCCAGUUAUGGAAAAUCAUGAAUGUGGUACAGCGAAAAUGGGUCCAAAAGAUGAUCCAGAUGCAGUCGUAGAUCCCGAGUUAAAAGUAUAUGGUGUUGACCGUUUGCGUGUUAUUGAUGCUUCAAUUAUGCCUACAAUUCCAGGUGGUCAUAUAACUGCCAGUGUUUACAUGGUCGGAGAAAAAGGAGCAGAUAUGAUAAUACAGAAAUGGCAAACUAAAUCAUAG